AUGACACAACUGCCAGGACAAUGGCCCACCGAUGAAAAUAUUAGAGCAGCCAAUGCAGGGCAUACCGGUGUGAACCAAUUAGGUGGUGUAUUUGUGAAUGGACGCCCACUACCGGAUACAACACGACAAAAAAUCGUUGAACUAGCACAUGGAGGAGCACGACCGUGUGACAUUAGCCGGAUACUCCAGAUGCGUAUCGAAAAUUCUAUGUCGAUACUACGAGUCAGGCACUAUUUCGGCCGCGAGCCAUCGGAGGAUCGAAACCUA